CACAGUGACACUGGCGGGGAGUAAGACGUGCACCAGUGUGCUGCCUCCAAACGAACGCACUCGCCCAGGAAACCAAACACCGAUGAAUACUGACAAACCAGUGGCUUGUGUCAAAGUGUAUACUGCACAAAAAUUCAACAUGUAAAUGUGCUUGCCGGCACCCCACCGCGCUGUGCCUUCUGGUUGAGACAGACAUGACAAACAGGAUGAGAGAGAAAUCCCAACAAAAGCAGACUGGCACCGAAGGUUACUUUUUUUUUUUCCGGUGGUCAGAUCUGGAGGAGGUGACUCCCUGCAGACUGAGACGCUUGUUAUGCAAGUAGUUUUGCAUGUAUAUGUCACUCAGACCUGGACAGAAUCUGGGGCUAAUGCGCAUCUGGAUGACUCCUCGUGUGUGGUGAGUUUAGGUGAACUCGGAUGAGAGAAAGGCGGUGAUAUAAGUGAGCGCCAAGCCGGUUAGAAGAGAGGAGGAAAAGAAGAGGGCGGGGACACUCAAUCCGUCAGAGUGGAGGCUGGUUUGGUCAUUCCUUGGUUUGGCAAAGGGGGGCGAGGAGUCCGCAUCUUCAACAUCUGCUCCCGAAAAGAAGAAGAAGAAGAAAAAGAUAACAGCCGAGGAGCUCUGGACUAAAAAGUGCGCGCACUUCUUUGGAUCAUCUGGAUUUCACUACGUCUUCUUGGUCGAGAUUUUUUUUAUUAUUAUUAUUAUUCUCCAGGAGUUGAGAUUUGAAGUGAAAUAGGGGGGCUGCCAGGAGGUGAGUAAGAGCAAGUUGUUUGCUUAAAUAUAAAAGACAAGUAAAGGGAGGAAAGAGGAGGACAAGCGAGGAGAGAGGAGAGGUGACCCCGGGCGAAGCGACAUGUUUGGCAUGAUCAAGAAUUCGCUCUUCGGAAACACCGAGGAGACCGAAUAUAAACUGCUCAGCACCGAGACGAAGGACAGCGUCAGCUUCGAGGUGCGACGGUACGACGCUGCCAAAUAUGCUGUCGUGUCCUCUGAGGGGCGAGCCUUCGACCAAGUGACGGGGGAGCUGAUGAGGAAGUUGCUCAUGUACAUCGGUGGGAGUAAUGAACAAGGCGAGGCCAUGGGUACAGCAGCUCCCCUCAUCAUCACAGUGUACCCUCGGAACGACGGCGUUUUGUCUCGCCGCUUGGUGGUCGCCAUCAAGGUUCCCUCCAACUACCAGCAAAGCCCCCCUAAUCCCACCGACAGCACCGUCAAGAUUGAAGAGCGGCCUGGCAUGACAGUCUAUGCCCUGCAGUUUGGAGGCUUCGCAGGGGAGACCGAGUACCGAGCAGAGGCCUUGCGUUUGACGCGUACUCUGGGUGAGACGGCCCCCUUUCAGCGUAAGCAGUACUUCUGCUGCAGCUACGACCCGCCACUCAAGCCUUACGGACGCAGAAACGAGGUGUGGUUUCUACAGGAGGAGCCGUAGGACCACGUCAUGUGGUCAGAUCUCAUGCUAACGUCUCAUUUCAACCUUAAUUAACUCAAGAUAGGUGCUCAAGCAAUGGGACGAAAUUAAGAGUUCAACAACAGUGGGGUAGCAUGUUGUCCUUUCAAGACCAAACUUCUGAGACACAAAAAAACUGCGGAAUAGUGUUACUGCCACGCCAGAAAAAUAAGAACAGAUCAUUAUAACAUACUUUUAUUGUCACAAUAUUGGGGUUUUUACACUAUAUUAAGAAGUUUCCACCUUAACUUAUGACAUUAUAACCACUGACCAGUCCAGAUGAAGCCUAACGAGUGGUUUUGAAGCCUAGUGUGAUGUUUCUGACCGCCGCCAUCUUGUUAGCGCCUGACCUAGCUUAUUUAACCAUGAAUGAAAGGAGUUAAGGCCGGCGGGUGAUGAAAAGUCGGUUAUUCAUAGCUUUGAGCCUUGAUAUAAUUUAGACAGGUGAGAUAUAUAAAAAAUAUAUAUAAAAAAUCUCCAGUACAGUUAGCAUGAAUGGAGACAUUAGCUAUAGGGUCACAGGGGGUCUUAUUUGUGGUGUAAAGUUGUACAUUUUAACAUGGAGGUCAGGAAACCAGACAACUUUUCCCAAUCGUACAUUUUUUGUUGCGGAAAGGGAAUUUGUUUCUCUGUAGCGGCUGAAAAACGUCACUUAAUCAGAACUUAAUCAAAAUGGUGGCGCUACAUCAAUCUACAAUAGAUGACAGUAGCAAAUUAGGCCACGCCCCCAUUUGGGCGAAAAUAAACCACUGGCGGUAAAUACGAAUCUCCCCCGUAGUCAGUGUUUAUUUUAAUUUGCUAGCAUUCGUCAGCAGUAAAAUGGACAAAAUGGCUAAUGUUAGUCAGGCAGUCACAUACAGUAAAUAACGUUGUUGCUGAGCGACUAACGGCGAUGUUACGUAGAAAAAACGUAUGUCAUGGUCUACUGACCAAGAAAUGGAUUAACAACUCCACUCAGUGGCUGGAGGUGUCUUACCCGGAUAUUUACUCUGACCUCAUUGAAUCUCUGGGUAAUGUGUGACAUGUGUCAUCAAUCCAUAAUCAUUCCAUAAUAUAAAAUUAAUGAAUCAUGACAUAAUUACAGAAUGCAACACUCACAAAAGUUAACUCUUUUAAAAAAAAACACCUAACAGUAACUGUGAGGACUGACUUUAGCUAAUGUUAGGUUUGACACGUAACUGUUUAAAGUACACGUUGACUAUCAGAUUCCCACGACUUUCCACCUUUGUCCACCCGUUUUAUAGCCUGAAGCCAUAAUUGUCUUUGGUUUUUAUCUCUCUCUUGAGGAGAGCAGAGUAGAUUUCAAAGUUUUAUCUUUCAGAUUGUUCUUUGAACGCAGCAACUCUUCGGCAUUUUGGCGACUUCUCCUUAGUGUUCACCCUUAAGGGGGUGUGGCCUUUUCAGGGUCUUCUAUGGGGAUCGACUCUUUUGGCGCCAGCCUCUAGUGGCCGUUCAUGGAACUGCAAACCACACUGGCCUCACGCUUCGCAGAUACUCAGCCAUAACAAGAAGCUUUUGUACUUAACACUACUUAACACUCUGGUAUAAGAUCUGUUAUAAUAUGAAGCAUGUUGUGUUGUAAAUCACAUUAAAUGUGAAAAUUAUCUUAUCAUAACAAAAGAAUUUCCCUUCAUAAGUUAGCAAUAGCAAUACUGAUGUGUUGAUAUUUUUCUGGCGUGGCUGUGACACUAGAUACAAGAUGUGGUUUAUUAACCCAAUGAGCCACUUCCACUAUCUUAACAGACAUGAAACUCGGACAUGAAUAAUGUCACAUUAAAUCUGCAUUUAAAUGUAAAUGAAUCUUUUCAUUCAUUUUAGAUUUACAUGUUUGUCCUUGGAGGUACGUAAAGUCCCGUAGAGCUCCUUAAUGAACACACUGUAGGGCUUUGCACAUCUUUAGCCUAGUUUACAAUCUAGUGACGACUACAGGGAAAUGUAUAGACUUAACAUUAGAUCGAUGUUACUAGUAAAAAGCACACUUCCCUCUCCUGAAUAAGGGACCGGAAAGAAUCAGGAAUUGAGCCAUAAAGUAGAAUUAGUCUUAAUGAAUCGGUGGGUGGGACGUAGCCCGCUAGUUACUGGUGUCGUUAUGAUCUUUGUCGUGAUGUGUUGUGUUUUAAUGCAUGCCAACGCCAUUAUUUAUUUACAGAGGCUUCUGAAUCCGUGUAACGCCUGUACAGUGUGGUUUUAUGUAAUACGAGUGCAUACAGUAUAUUGACAGUGUUUCAUAAUAUAAUAAAAAUAUUAUUCAGUUAA